GUAUACUUAUACUCUUUGAUCCGACAAUUUUAAAAAAAAAACACUAUAUUGUUGACUUGAUUCUUGAUCAAACUUGAAUUAAACUAGAUUUGAUUUGUGUGUUUCAUUUUAUAUUAUAUUUUCGAAUAACACAGUUUCAUCAAGAUGUUUUUUAUCAACGUCUACGGUUUUCAUACCAAAAUAAAAAGACAUAAGAUUUUUCAUAUAUUGAACUCAGUUGUAUUUGGCAAAAAACUAUUAACCCAUUUUAUUGUGCAUGACAUCCAACCUGAUGCUGAUCCUAAUUUUAGUGUGGUUACAUUAACAUUUGGAAAGAAGAAAGAAGCUAACAAAGCUUUAAAACUCAUAAAUGGAUUUUGCUAUUUCGAUUUUACUAAUAAAAAAGAAUUGAAUUUAUCAGCAGUUGAGUUAACGGAACAUAACAUUGGUACAUAUGACAGUGAUGAUCAAAUUACAAGAGAUAAAGAAGUAAGGCCUACAAGACAGUCACAAGCUCCUCGUGAAUCUCAAGACAGAAGUCGUAGUCCUCAUUUGGCUACUGAUAUAAGUAAAAUAGAUAUGGAGAUUGAACUAAUCCAAAAAGAACGCAUCCUUAUUGUUGAACAAAGAAAGUUACUUUUGGAAAAGAAGAGACUUGAAUUACUAAAGGAUUUUGAGCCAACCUCUAUAACUGAUUUAGAAAGAUAUGCCGCUGCUAUUGAAAGGCAGGAUGAUGAAUCCACAGUUCAACAAAAAUCUGCUAAGGUUAAAGGUACACCAGUACCAGUCCUAGCUAGCAGAGCUAUCGUAAAGCAAAUGAAAGAUGCUGUAUCAAAACGUAGUAACGUCAAAGGUAUUACACAGCCUUUAUAUUUCACGCUAAGGAAGCGUAUCAUAGAAAUAAUUAAAGGCAAAAGUAACUUGGAAACUGAUGACAUUAUAAAAAUGUACAGAGAUGUGUAUCCAUUAGAGUCGGAUGAAGUUCUAUUGGACCGUAUUGAAGCAGAGAUUAAAAUAGCUCAAGCUAUUAGAAAUGAAAUCCAAAAAGCCGAUAGUCAAGUGGGGAAAUCCAAUAUAUCAGGUCCAUCCAAUACUGAUAAAGAAGUAAAGAAUAAAACUGUAGAAUCCGAGACCAAAGUAUUGGAGAGUAAAGAAGUAACAUCCACAGAGAUUUUGGAUCAUGAAUUAGAUGAUUGGAUAGAAGAUGAUAAAGUGAGUCAGCAAGAAGGCAACAAUGAAGGUCCUACGCAAAGUGUUGAAGCAAAUGAUAAAGGAAUUGUGGUGAUUAUUAACUAAUAAGCUUUUAAGUAAUUUUGAUGUUUUAAAAAGUAUGAAUUUAUAUAAUCUAAAUAUAGUAUAUACGACUUUUAUUUAACUUAGAGAAUGAAUCUUAUAUGUUAAUUUAUAUUAUAUCGUAAUUUUGACUAAAAACAGACAACUUUAGUGUAAAAAUGUUUUUUUUUUUUAAUUUUUUUUAUAAGCAAUAACGAACAGCGGGACUAUCAAGGUGUUCAUUGACACCCAUAGACAUGUUACCUCCAUCUGUGUUAUAACAAUAGUUUUUUUUUUUAAUUUCGCAGGAAAACCAGUGUUUUUUUUUAAAUUUGUAAAAUUACUACACUACU